UUAGGGGCAGCCUAGUCUCUGUGUGUGUGUGUCUCUCACUCUCUGUCUGUCUCUCUGCCUCUCCUCUCCCUGUCCUGCUGCGUUCUGUGUCUGCGCCAUUGCAUCCCUGCCUGUCUUUCGAGAUCCGUCUGCUCCCUUUGCUCUCUCUUGCACAUGCUCUCUCUGUCUCUCUCUCUCUCUCUCUCUCUCUCCACCCUUGCUCUCUCCCCUGCCAUGUGAGGCGCAUCUCGCGGAGGGUUAGUUCCAUACCGUUUCUCGAUGCCUGUGUGAGAGUAGUUGGGUGGUUAAGUGCACACUUCUGCCACUGUGGGCACAUUGAGUUCUCGUUUCUGCGUAGCUUUUCAUUUUAUUCAUUUUUUAUAUUUUUUAGUGGGUAGUUGUCUCUCAGGAACGUAGCGUUAUUUUGUAGUGGUGCACUUACAGGCUCUCUCCGCUACAUACCGGACGACUAGCAGACCCCACGACUCUUAGCGCGUAAGGUUCUUUCUCAGAGGCGUUAAGAUAUAAGUGCUUUUGCGCUGGCACGGUUGUGCGGUGCAUGGUGGUAGAGACGGGGUAGACGUAUCUGCUUAUGUGGUGAAGGCCGCACCGCACUCAGGUGCCGUCUCUUUCCCUCAGAGGUAUGUACAAGAAUCAGCUUCAAGAGCUUGCUCAGAGGAGCUGCUUCAAUCUGCCUGCGUAUGCAUGCAUCAGAGAGGGUCCCGACCAUGCACCGCGGUUCAAGGCGACGGUGAACUUCAAUGGGGAGGUUUUCGAGAGCCCUAAUUAUUGCAAUACGUUACGCCAGGCAGAGCAUGCCGCGGCCGAAGUGGCUCUUAACACGCUGUCACGGCGAGGCCCAUCUCAGUCUCUAGCAGCACGCAUCCUUGAUGAGACGGGCGUGUGCAAAAACUUGCUACAGGAAACUGCCCAAAGAGCUGGCGUCUCCCUUCCCGUGUACGCCACUACUCGAUCCGGUCCAGGACACCUACCUGUGUUCACUUGUACGGUGGAGGUGGCGAAUAUGUCCUUCAGCGGGGAAGCUGCGAAGACAAAGAAGCAAGCGGAGAAGAAUGCAGCUAUGGCUGCUUGGUCUGCCAUCCAGCAACUUGCGAACCAAGGCAGAGGUGUACCACUGGCAACAGAAGGGGAGGUCAGUGAGGAGCAAGAACAGAAUACGAUCGCUAGAGCUUUAGCUCAGCAUUACGGCAAAGAGUCGCAGCAGUUGCCUCACAGUACUCAGAAUCCGUCUAGCAGCGUGAUGCCCAUCAGGUUGAGAACUUUGACUUCGAGGGACGGAUUGCAGCCUGGUUCACCUCGCUUGAACCAGAGUCAUUCGGGACCUUGGGCUACCGAUUUGUCAAUGGAGCAACAGCGGCAUACGCGCAAUCAGGGACAUUCUAGUGUAGGUCCUGUAGCGUCUCCUGCGUACCGUCCCGUAGGAACUUCACGGAUAGGUUCGUCGGUUACGAUUCGGGACGUCACAGGGCACCGGGAUUCUGCAGCUCUCCGGGACGCAUCUGCGAUGCGAGAUGCUGCGUUGGCGAAGAGAGCGGUGGAGAGAGCAAUGUGUGGCAAUUUUGUGGGUCGACACAGUCCUGUGAACCUCCGACCGGUGCCACAGAUGCGCAGGGACAGGCAUGAGGUGGCAGUACAUUACGACAAUCAUCAACGGGACGAGGAUGAAUGGCUGCGAGGGGAAAGCACGAAAGCUAGUCGGGAUGUCGAUUGCCUGAACGAUUCCCUGGAGGAGCUUGGAGCCUCCGCGGUGCAUGGGUCGUACAAUCCUAUGUCUUGGUCAGGGGCUGGUGUAAGCAACUGGUGGAACAUGCAUCCAGCCGCGAUGCCAAGGGCGUCUAGUAGGGCAGCUAUGCCAGUAGUGUUGCGCCCAGCAGUGAUGGUAUGUGCGGCACCGCCGCUUCGUCCGGAACCAGAUGAUGCGGAGAAUGAGGGUGAAGCGGCCACACACCAAGUGCUAAGUCAGCUGAGUCUGUGAAGGAACCUGUUUGGUUGCUGGAUCAUGGUUGUGAAGUAGAUGCGAGGGUCUAGUCCACGUGACGUGCCAUCUCCCUGGAUGGAUGGUCCAACUGCUUCCGGAUUGCAGUGGAUAUUGCAUCCUUUGAGAUGGAUCGCCUGUAGGCAUACAUAUUUUUAUAUAGCUAAAUAUUACAUACGAACUCAUGAGAUGUAUGAUGUCUUUGUCUAGGGUAUGUUAACGCGUAGCAGCGGAGAUGUGUCGGUCAGGGUCCAUCGGAUGGAUUCCUGUCUUCAGGUUUCUCUGUCUGUGAUUCUCACUGUUUACGGCUCUUGUAAACGGGAUGGAGAGUGUGGAGGCAUCUUUGUUAGUGGAGCAAGGUUCUGCAGUUAUUUGGUUCAGCGUCUUGGAAUGAUGAACUGACCCAAUUUUGAUGGGAUGGAAGUUGUGGGGCGAUUUCACACGUUUAUUCCAAUGGAAUAGUAUUGAUUGGCGAUUUUGUAUUGACGGAGGGGAGACAACCACGGAAAGGCAAUUCAAACAUCCAGCUCCUUCAGGCCCUCGCCGGUAGAAUAGGCAAUGCUAGUCAAGUGCAGUUAGGCUGCGAUGAUGAUGAUUGUGUUCGAGUUAAACGAGAACUGUACUUUCGGACCAAACUUUGGCACACUAUUGUUGAUCAGCUUGUCACUGCAGGCAUAGGCAUUUCCUCUCGAGUAGGCGUGGCGGGUCACAGAGACGUUAGAGCAAUUUUCAUCUACUUUAGUAGUGACAUUUUCCAUUCUUUAGUUUCCUAUUGAUGAUAUGGAAUUUCACGGAAUGUGUAAAAA